GGGCGAUUUGGCUUAUUUUGAUGGACUGAGUGAAACGAUUCUCUCGGUGGGACUAGUAAAACCUAGACGAGGCAUAUUCCAGCCUCACAUCCAACAGCUCCUUGUACUGACCACUCCUGUUGACAUUGUGAUCCUGGGAGUCAGCUUCACCAAUUCUCAGACAGGACUGGGAAUCCUAAGCGACAAUAUAUGUGGAGGGAUGCAACUCCUACCAGAUCCCCUGUACUCUAUUCCCACGGACAAUACCUAUCUACUGGCAAUCACUGCCACAGAUACUGGCCGUAUAUUCCUUGCUGGAAAAGAUGGCUGUCUAUAUGAAGUUGCCUAUCAGGCUGAGGCUGGUUGGUUUAGCCAGCGAUGUAGGAAGAUAAAUCACUCCAAGAGUUCUCUUUCCUUCCUUGUUCCCUCGUUUCUGCAGUUCACCUUCUCUGAAGAUG